AUGGAAGUGGAACAAUCACAAAUUGUCAGUGAAGAUGUUGCUCAUCCACUUGAACAAGAGCAAGAAGUUCAACAAAUACAAGGAGAAGGGUUGUCAUCAUUGCCACCAAGUGCACUAAUAGAGGUAAGCAAAAGAAAACCCUCUAGAAAACCUUCUACAGUUUGGAAAGAUUUUAAAAGGGUUAAUGAUAAGGCUAUAUGUAAGUAUUGUGGGAAACAAUAUGCUGCAAAUAGUGGUAGUCAUGGCACUACUAACAUGCAUAAACAUUUGAAAGUGUGCCUGAAAAAUCCAAAUAGGGUAGUUGAUAAGAAACAAAAAACUAUAGCUAUUGGAAAAGAAAGUGAGGAUGAUCCUAAUAGUGUUAGCUUGAAACUUGUUGAUUUUAAUCAAGAGAGGACUAGAUUAACACUUGCAAAGAUGAUAAUCAUUGAUGAGCUCCCUUUUAAAUAUGUUGAAAAUGAAGGAUUUAAUAUGUUCAUGAAAGAGGCUCAACCAAGAUUCAAAAUUCCAUCUCGUGUCACUGUUGCCAGAGAUUGUUUAUGCUUGUACUUCGAUGAGAAAGAAAAAUUGAAAUCUAUGUUGUCUGCUAAUAAACAAAUGGUGUCUCUUACCACUGAUACUUGGACAUCGAUUCAGAAUAUGAAUUAUAUGUGUGUUACAGCUCACUAUAUUGAUGACGAGUGGAAUUUAAAGAAGAGUAUAUUAAGCUUUGGUAUAAUUGCUGACCAUAAAGGUGAAACUAUAGGGAUAACAUUAGAGAAUUGCAUGAAGGAAUGGGGUAUCAAGUCUAUAUGUUGUGUGACUGUUGAUAAUGCAAGUGCUAACAAUUUGGCAAUUGAUUAUUUAAAUCGAGGCAUGAGUUUUUGGAAUGGUCGUACUUUGUUUAAUGGGGAGUACUUGCAUAUGAGAUGUAGUGCUCACAUAUUAAACUAG